GUUGCUAUCUGAGAGAUGCAAGUGGCUUCUUGGGCGUGUGCCGUAAGUAGUUUUCUCCUGGGGAACAUUAACACAGCUAAUAAGUCAGAGGUCUGAAUAACUGUUUGAAGUCCAUAUGCUCAGGAGAUCUUCAUUCCAGAAUGUCAGUGUUCCUCUAUUUGCUUUUCUUGGUAUUUGGACUUCAGGCUACAAUCCAUUGUGUGCAACAUAAAAGCUCUGAUGGCAAAGUAACGACCUGCCACUUGCCCCAACAAAAUGCCGCUCUCUAUAAGAUGCCAUUUAUCAAUGCUGACUUUGCUUUCAGUCUAUAUCGGAGGCUCUCUGUGGAGAACUCAGACUGGAACAUCUUCUUCUCCCCUGUGAGCAUAUCUGUUGUGUUAGCCAUGGUCUCUUUUGGAUCUGGUUCUAGUACCCAAACUCAGAUUCUGGAGGUUUUGGGAUUUAACCUCACAGAUACUCCAGUGACAGAAUUACAGCAGAGCUUCCAGCAUUUAAUCUGCUCACUGAACUUCCCAAAGAAUGAACUGGAAUUACAGAUGGGAAAUGCAGUUUUCAUUGGGCAGCAGCUGAAACCACUGGCAACGUUUUUGGAUGAUGUGAAGAGCCUCUAUGAAACGGAAGUCUUUUCUACUGACUUCUCCAAUGUUUCUGCAUCUCAGCAGGAGAUCAAUAGUUAUGUGGAGAAGCAAAGCAAAGGGAAAAUUGUUGGCUUAAUUCAAGACCUCAAACCGAAUGCUAUCAUGAUUCUGGUGAACUAUAUUCAUUUCAAAGCCCAGUGGGCAAAUCCUUUUCGUGUAUCUAAAACAGAAGAGAGUUCCAGCUUCUCAGUGGACAAGAACACCACAGUACAAGUGCCCAUGAUGCACCAGCUAGAACAAUACUAUCACUUCGUGGAUGUAGAGCUGAAUUGUACAGUACUUCAAAUGGACUAUAGUGAGAAUGCCCUUGCACUUUUUGUCCUUCCAAAGGAGGGGCACAUGGCAUGGGUGGAAGCAGCCAUGUCAACUGAAACACUGAAGAAGUGGAAUGAUUUACUUCAAAAAGGAUGGGUUGAAUUGUUUGUUCCCAAGUUUUCCAUUUCUGCUACAUAUGACCUUGGAAGCACACUUCAGAGGAUGGGCAUGAGGGAUGCCUUUGCUGAAAGUGCUGAUUUUUCUGGAAUCACAGAAGACAAUGGUCUAAAACUUUCCCAUGCUUUUCACAAGGCUGUGCUGCACAUUGGAGAAGAGGGAACCAAAGAAGGAGCUACUCCUGACGCUGGGUCCCUGGAUCAGACAGAAGUAGCUUCCCUUCACCCUGUUAUUCGGUUUGACAGAACAUUCUUACUGAUGAUUUUAGAGAAAAGAACCAAAAGCAUUCUCUUUUUAGGGAAAGUUGUUAAUCCAACAAAAGAGUAAUGGAGCAAGAGGCCAUUGAGUAUGUGCAUAUUAUAAUGAGAAAUAAACAUAUGAUGUAGCUUAAUGUACUUGUUGUGGGCUUGAACUUUUGUCUUUUGUGCAAGUAAUAAAAGUGGACCUUUUCAUGACUACAUUGGCUAGGGAAGAGGCAAAUCCUGUGACCAAACAUGCAGAUAGUGGUGGUAUCUAAAACUAAAGGAAUGAUCAAUGUUAGUAAAGCACUGUAAAGCUGCUCAUCAAUUAGUUAAGUCUAGAAAAUUUGAUUGGGAUUGCAAAUGUUUUUUCAUGUAU